AGUGCCUGGUGUAAACAAUUUGAAUCAAGUUCAGGUGUCUAAUUUACCAACAUAACAAAAUUCUCCUCAAAUUUUGAGGUUUUGACAAUACGAAAUUAUAAAUAAUGCAUUUUAUUCGGAAAAACUGUGUUUAUAUUUAAUUUUUGACAAAUUUUAAUCGCUUUUAGUAGCAUGGAUCAGAAACCAGGAUUGGAUUUGGUAAUUUCGGCAGUUUCGGCGCUAUACAAUAAUCCCGAAAGAAGUGAAAAGGAAAGAGCAUCCCAAUGGCUUUUGGAACUCCAGAAAUCCGUCCACGCGUGGACAGUAGCAGACGAACUCCUCCACCUCAAAAGGGACCUCGAGUCAUGCUAUUUCGCAGCCCAGACGAUGCGAACGAAGAUUCAUCAGUCCUUCCACGAACUGCCUGCGGAAGUUCACAAUUCCUUGAGAGACUCUCUACUAGAACACAUUAGUCAGAUAAAUGAAGGCACCAAUGCUGUGAUCGUGACUCAGCUGUGCGUUGCCCUCGCGGACCUAGCUCUACAGAUGCCAUCGUGGCAAAAACCUACGUUGGAUCUGAUCAACAAAUUCUCGCAGACUAAUAUAUGGCCGCUUUUAGAAAUUUUAACUGUGUUUCCCGAAGAAUUAGAGAGUAGGUCUGUAAGAUUAGGAGAAAAUAGACGAAUUGAAGUACUGGAAGAUAUGAGGUAUUGUGCCCCUACCGUGAACGAGUUCCUGAAGCACUGUUCGAACCUCUAUGGAACAGAGUGGCAAGACCAAGUGCAGAUCAACGUGAAGAUCUUGCGCUGCUUCAAUUCCUGGGUGUCUGUGGGGGCGAUAGGACUGGGAGAUCUAGCCGAUAAUGUGGUCAUCAACAGGGCGUUUGAAAUACUCAACUUUAAACCUCAAAACGACAAAUACACGCCUGCAGGAUCCUUCCACGAAGCCGCGACGGACUGCAUUUGCACGCUCUUGCUCUGCCUUGAAGACAAUAACAACCAGAUGGUGCUGGAGAAUUACCUUUUCAACAAUAUCAUAAACUUGGAAGUGGCGUACCAUCUGUCGGUAGCCAAUGAGGACCAAGGCAAGUCUAUGGACUACUGCAGGCUCUUCACGGAACUGGCGGAAUCCUUCCUUGAGAAGAUCAUAUCAAACAGCAGUCAGAAGCAGACGCAUUACGCCAUCAAGAUUUUGGAUUUGGUGCUGAUGUGUGUCGGGCACCAUGACUAUGAGGUAGCCGAAAUCACCUUCAACCUGUGGUACGUCUUGAGCGAGGAGCUCUACCAGAAGAACAACAAGGAACUGACGGAACUAUUCAGGCCGUAUGUUGAACGACUGAUAACAGCGCUCUGCAGGCACUGUCAGAUGGAGCCAGACUGCGAGGGCCUGCUUGAGGAGGGAGACGAGUUCAAAGAUUUCCGAUUGAAGGUAUCUGAUCUGAUUAGAGACGUCGUCUUCAUUGUAGGCAGCAGCAGUUGCUUCAGGCAGAUGUUCAUCAAUCUGCAGGCACCCGGCGUGACGUGGGAUUCGAGUGAAGCCGCCCUUUUCGUGAUGCAGGCCGUGGCGAAAAAUGUUUUACCUACACAUUACAGAAUCAAGAUGCAGCAUCAAACAAACUCUUUAUCAAUAAUGAACAACGUAGUUUUCAACUCUGCUUUCAAACGUUUCAUUACUGAUUUUGCUAUCGUUGUUAUUAUUAACAUUGUUAUUAAUGUUUUUUUUACACUUCAAUAUUUCCAGCUACUGUACCAAGUCGACACGUUCGCCAUAACGAACAACGCCGUCAUUGGUCUCCUGAAAGGCGUCGCCUCUAUAGUAGGUAGGAUGCCGGCCGUAGAAAUGGCACCUGCGAUGCGCGAGCUGUGCUUUAUGCAGCUCAAACAGAUUGACCAGCUCAUCGAGCAGGACGUCGUCCCUGUACGAGGUACGAAGACAGACCCUGGGCUGUGGCUUGACAGACUGAGCGCCAUUCUUAGAUAUGUUAAUGUCAACGUGUCAGAAGGCGAAAUCCACCCGUGCAAACCAGUCAUCCUGGAGGUGUGGCCCCAGCUGUCACGCGCCUUCAACAAAUACCAAUCAGACAUCCGGAUAAUCGAAAAAUGCUGCCGCUCGGUGCGCUUCCUGCUGCGCUGCUGCAGCCAGCAGGCAAAAGAACUCCUCGAAGACCUCGUCAGCCAGAUGGUGCGGAUCUACUCGAUACACAAACACUCGUGCUUCCUCUACGUUGGUAGCAUACUCGCGGACGAAUACGCCAGUGAUUCGGAGUGCGUGCGCGGUCUGCUCGACAUGCUGCAGGCGUUCCUCGAACCGACGUUUCAGCUGCUGCAGGAGGAGAACGGCCUCAGGCACCAUCCGGACACUGUCGACGACUUCUUCAGGCUGUGCGGGCGGUUUAUGCAGCGCGCCCCCGUCGAUUUUUUGCAGUGCACCGCGCUCGUCCACAUUCUUCAGUGCGCGUUGAUGGCUUCGACGCUCGACCACAGGGAGGCCAACAUGUCUGUCAUGAAGUUCUUCUACGAUCUGAUCAGCCAGGGGCAGAACGGACGUGCUCAGCCCGACUUCGAGAAGAGGAAAAUGCUGGUUACGAGCAUACUAGAGGAGUACGGCCAGCAACUCACGACGAACCUCAUCCAUUCGUGCGUCUUCUACCUGCACUCGUACAUGCUCACCGAGGUGGCGGACGUCUUCGUCCAGUUGCUGGACUUCAACAGAGAAGCGACCAGUAAGUGGUUGGUCAACGGGUUGGACCAGCUCCCGAAACACAGCAACGGUGGAAUCAUGGCUGCAACCCCCCAGCAAUUGAACGACAUCCACAUGUCUAUUACAACGUCAAACACGUCUAGAUCAGUGACUCACGCUUUAAAAGAUUUGACUCGAUUAUAUCGUUAACGUUUGGAACGGACUAAAGAAAUUUGUGUAUCUGUAAUAUAAUAUUUUAUAUUGAUAUUUUCACCCCCCCCUCAUCUGUAUAAUUGUAAGAUUUCGGUAUUGCCCAGUACGGAGCCCACUCUUCAUAUGUGACAUUAGAAAGAGAAUGUAUUUUUAUUGUCUAAGAAUAAGAAUAAAAUAUUGUUAGCGUUGG